UGGGAAGGGAGCUGAGCGAGGGGGUGCCCGGUGAUCGUCGGGGAGCUGGGGGCUGCCCGCUGGAUGGGAGCCCGACGCCGCAGGGAAAUCCUGACAAGCUGGAUCCCCCUGCACCCGGUCGGAGCGCCGCCGUCCCUCCCUCCCGCUACCGCCCCAGCUUCAGCAUCGGCAGCGACCGCCUGCGCCCAGCGGACAAUGACAGCGCCCUCCAGGCAAACCUGCUCGGCAGGGAGUUCCGGGAUGUGGGGACAAUUACCGACGUCUGUUACAGUGAGAACGUGCCGGAGGUGGAGAUAUUCAGCCUUCUGGAGGAAGGGGUGCCGAGAUACACGCUCAGGGCCGACACCGUCUACGGCUACAGCCACGACGACUGGUUACACACGCCGCUUCUGAGCUCCGACCUCAACGUCAGCCUCACCCACCAGCAGAUCGAGGAGACCCUCAAAUACUUCCUUCUCUGCGCGGAGAGGGCGGGCCAGGUGACCAAGACGUACCACGACAUUGAGGCCGUCACGCACCUGCUGGAGGAGAAGCAGCGGGACCUGGAGCUGGCCGCUCGCAUCGGGCAGUGUCUCCUCAAGGAGAACCGGGCGCUGACCGGCAGCAACCAGUACCUGGAGGAACAACUGCAGUGGGCCACCGAGCAGGUGGCCCAGCUGAAGCACGAAGUCAGCAUGAGGGACGACCUUCUGCAGCUCUACACCAACUCGACGGAGGAGAGUGAGCCCAACUCCUCCUGCGGCACCCCGCUGAGGCGCAACGAAUCGUCGGUGUCUCUGCAGAAUUACCUGCACCUGGAGCUGCUGCAGCAGAAGCUGCGGACCCUGGAGAGCGAGAACCACAGCCUGAAACACAAGGCCCUGCAGAUGUCCAGUGAAACACUGGAAUACGAGAACAAGGAGGAGGAGCUGGUGAUGAACUGCGUGAAGGAGCUCGGUGACUGCAAUGCCCAGCUGGCCAGUGUGUCCGAGGAGCUGGCACUGAAGAUUGAAGACUCAGCCCGCCAGCAGGAGGAGAUCAGCGUGCUGCUGGCCCACAUCGUGGAGCUCCAACAGAAAUGCAGAACCUGCACUGCAGAGAACGAGGACUUAACCCAGGAACUUGCAGCAUCGAGAGAGGGUCAGGAGCAUUUGAAGACCGAGCUCCAGUACACGCGGGAGAAGUACUUCCAGUGCGGCGAGAUGCUGCGGGAGGCGCAGGAAGAGCUGAAGAACCUGAGGACGCGGAGCGGCCCCAGCUGCUGCAUCAACCGCUACCUCACCGUACCCGUCUACCCCAUGGACUCGCUGGCCGCGGAGAUCGAAGGGACGAUGAGGAAAGGCUUCCACCUUGACAGCGCGGGGUCGCUGGAGAACAGUAACUACCACCGGAGGGUCUUCGAGACGGUGCGGGCUGUGAACCAGGCGGUGAAACUCAAGUCCCGCUCGCAGUCCCCGCAGAACGUGGCGGGCUCCGGCCAGUCCUCUGGCGACCCCUCGGGCUUCUACAGCCUCCCCAGCACCCCGCGCGCCAGAUUCUACGGGUCCAGCGGCUCCAGCAGCUCCAGCAGCAUCAGAGUGGACAAGAGGCCCCCACCGCCGAACCUGGAUACUGACACCGUGCCAGACGAUGAUGGGGAGCGGAAGCUGGGGACUCCGGGCACCCCUGGGUGCCGGGACCUUGAGGCAGCUUUGCAGAGGCUAUCCCUGCGGCAGCAGUCCAGCGAAGACCAGGCCGCCCUCGAGCAGGAGCGGGAGCAGCGGCUGGCCGCUCCGACCGGCGACGACCCCAUGUCCAGCGGCGCCCUCACGCCCGCCGAGAGUGACCUGUCGACGGGCACCAACUAUUCGGGGAGUUCGGGCCACACGGCCUACUCCGGCCUCUCUGCCAGCUCCUACCCGGAUAAGCUGAAGAUCGUGAAGCCACUGGAAGGCUCGGCCACUCUGUACCAGUGGAGGCAGCUCGCCCAGCCGCACCUCGGGGGGAUACUGGAGCCGCGCCCGGGCGUCCUCACCAAAGACUUCUGCCAGCUGGACACGGACGCUGGCGAGGUGUACAACCUGCACGAUCUGGAGGAGGACGAGACCGAUGACAGGGCGUUCCAGCCCCUGGCCGUACCUCAGCCCGAGCAGCCCAAGCCAGACGUCAAUGGUAUUGAUUAUCGAUGGACGAACUGGCUGCCAGAUACACAGUCCACCUACACCAUCACCACCUGCCGUAUCAUGCACCCCUCGGACGAGCUCGCCUCCGUCACCAUGAGUUUCCACCACACACCUAAACCCUCUAUUGGCAGCUUUGGCAAGCUGAGACCCACCUCGUCCGACGGGAACUUGCAGAGGCUACACCUCCUCGCGUCCAGCGGGGGUCCGAACAGAUCGCGGACGGCAGCGACACCGGGCGCCGAACGAGCGCAGUCCCACACGGUGGAGGGCGCGGCGCCCAGCGGCGGCUCCGGGGAGCUACGGGCAUCCGGCGCCGCCAGCCGCCGCAGGCGCUGCCAGUCCGAGUCGGCCACGAACUCCAGGGAGCACACCACCACCACCAGCACUUCGCUCGGUCUGGUCACCCUGCUGAAGGAGCACGGGAUUUCGGCGGCGGUGUACGACCUGGGCGGGGGAGCCCCCGGGAACCUCAAAGGGACCUCGCCCGGCGGCCAGUGGGGCUACCCGCCCCCGUUCCCGCUGGAGCCGGCGUACCCCCGCCCGCUUCGACCACCCUUCCUCACCACCAGCCUGGCCAAGUCCAUGCUCAGCGGGAGGGGCCCCGCCGCGCGGGAGGGCGGGAGCCCGAGCCCCCGCGGCAGCGAGAGGAACAUUUUCAGCUUCAACCUCGUGGAUAAGCUGAGCAGGCUGGGGCUGGACAAGGUGGUGGCCAGGGGGAGGGUGGAGCCGGACGGCAAGGGGCUGGAGUGCCCGACUCCAGCGCCCGCAACCCAGCACAUGAGCUCGGGCGCCGAGAAGGCUCCCGUUACUCUCGGGUAAACGCCAGCCUCCCCAGCGCGGAUCUGCACGUACUGACCAGCACGGGAGAUCAAACCCGCUGCCCGCGGGGUGCGUCCGAAAGACCGGCCGGGAUGUUUCUCCCCGGUUCGCUCGGGCCAAUAACAUUCCCACUCCUAAGUUCUGUGCUAAAGAAAACUGUUCUUAUUAAAUCAAAAAGGGAAAAUUACCUGCUUAACGUUAAACGAGAAUCGGUAGCGAGAGAGACGAAAAGAGAAUGGUUCCGUCAAUGUGUGGAUCGGCUGCCUUAAGGAAGGCGACAGACCGGCCGCUGUACAGUGUGACCGGUUCCAUCGAAGAUCGCGGGGAUGAAGGCAGGAGAGCGGGGCCGGGAGGAAUGAUAAGCCAGCCGUGACGGAAUGGCGGAGCCGACUCGGUGGGCCGAGAUGGCCUAGUUCUGCUCCUGCGUUGUAUGGUCUUGCGGCUACCUCGUUUCCCUCUCAACCCCGUCCCCCGGUGCCUCCCCUCCGUUAGCCUUUGAUGCCCUUAUCGAUCAGGGGCCUAUCAGCCUCCAAUUUAAAUAUACCCGGUGACUUGGCCUCCACAGCCGUCUGUGGCAAUGAGAUCCACAGAUUCACUUACCCUCUGGCUAAAGAAAUUCCUUCUCAUCUCUGUUUUAAGUGAACGUCCCUCUAUUCUGAGGCUGUGUCCUCUGGUCCUAGACUCCCCCACCAUAGGAAACAUCCUCUCCACAUCCACUCUAUCUGUGCCCUCUGGUCCUAGACGCUCCCACUAUAGGAAACAUCCUCUCCACAUCCACUCUAUCUGUGCCCUCUGGUCCUAGACUCCCCCACUAUAGGAAACAUCCUCUCCACAUCCACUCUAUCUGUGUCCUCUGGUCCUAGACUCCCCCACUAUAGGAAACAUCCUCUCCACAUCCGCUCUAUCUGUGUCCUCUGGUCCUAGACUCCCCCACUAUAGGAAACAUCCUCUCCACAUCCACUAUAUCUGUGUCCUCUGGUCCUAGACUUCUCCACUAUGGGAAUCAUCCUCUCCACAUCCACUCUAUCGGUGUCCUCUGGUCCUAGACCCCCCCCCCCGCCACUAUUGGAAACAUCCUCUCCACAUCUACUCUAUCUGUGUCCUCUGGUCCUAAACUCCCCCCACUAUAGGAAACAUCCUCUCCACAUCCACACUAUCUGUUCCCUCUGUUCCUAGACUCCCCCACUAUAGGAAACAUCCUCUCCACAUCCACUCUAUCUGUGUCUUCUGGUCCUAGACUCCCCCACUAUAGGAAACAUCCUCUCCACAUCCACUCUAUCUGUGUCCUCUGGUCCUAGACUCCCCCACUAUAGGAAACAUCCUCUCCACAUCCACUAUAUCUGUGUCCUCUGGUCCUAGACUUCUCCACUAUGGGAAUCAUCCUCUCCACAUCCACUCUAUCGGUGUCCUCUGGUCCUAGACCCCCCCCCCCCCCGCCACUAUUGGAAACAUCCUCUCCACAUCCACUCUAUCUGUGUCCUCUGGUCCUAAACUCCCCCCACUAUAGGAAACAUCCUCUCCACAUCCACACUAUCUGUUCCCUCUGUUCCUAGACUCCCCCACUAUAGGAAACAUCCUCUCCACAUCCACUCUAUCUGUGUCCUCUGGUCCUAGACUCCCCCACUAUAGGAAACAUCCUCUCCACAUCCACUCUAUCUGUGUCCUCUGGUCCUAGACUCCCCCACUAUAGGAAACAUCCUCUCCACAUCCACUAUAUCUGUGUCCUCUGGUCCUAGACUUCUCCACUAUGGGAAUCAUCCUCUCCACAUCCACUCUAUCGGUGUCCUCUGGUCCUAGACCCCCCCCCCCGCCACUAUUGGAAACAUCCUCUCCACAUCCACUCUAUCUGUGUCCUCUGGUCCUAAACUCCCCCCACUAUAGGAAACAUCCUCUCCACAUCCACUCUAUCUGUGUUCUCUGGUCCUAGACUCCCCCCACUAUAGGAAACAUCCUCUCUACGUCCACUCUAUCUGGACCUUUCAUGUUUCAAUGAGACAGGCCCAGAGCCAUCAAAUGCUCCUCACAUGGUAAACCCUUUUAUUCCCGAGACAAUUCUGGUGAAUCCCUUCUGGAGCCUCGUACAAGGUUCUCAGGCGCGGAUUGCCCUCCGCACGUCUCCGCACUCCAACCCGCCCGUAGUCAGCCUUCCCUGCUGGUCCAGACCCACUGAGGAUCUCCACUGGAUAUACAGAGCAAGGACACGCAAAGUGCUGGGGGAAACCAGCCGGUCAGACAGCAUUUACGGCGGAGGGUAAACAGUCGACGUGUCCGGACUGGAAAGGAAGGAGGCAGAAGCCAGAAUAAGAAG